CACAGAAUAAUAAUCCUGAUAAAGUUAUGGCGUCCGUCACACUUACCAGCAACACCUCCUCCACAACCACAACCACAUCUUUCCUCAGAAACAAUGGCGGUUUCACUCGCUUCAACUUCACGCACCUCCCAUUUAUGCCGCACGUUAGUACGCGAAAAAAUGCCGCUGCAAAUUAUGCGAUUAAAGCGAAGCAAGGACAAGAACAGAACACAACAAUGCAGUACAGGAAACUCGGUGAUUCCGACCUUUUAAUCAGCGAAAUUACCCUUGGAACUAUGACAUUUGGAGAACAAAAUACGGAGAAAGAAUCUCAUGAUAUUCUUAGUUAUGCAUUUGAACAGGGAAUCAACAUCCUGGACACUGCAGAAGCCUAUCCAAUCCCUAUGAGGAAGGAAACACAAGGAAAAACCGAUCUAUAUAUAGCUAGCUGGUUGAAGUCUCAACCCCGUGAUAAGGUUAUUAUAGCAACAAAAGUAUGUGGUUAUUCUGAGCGUUCUGGUUAUAUCCGUGAGAAUGCAAAUGUAUUGCGAGUUGAUGCUGCUAACAUUAAGGAAAGUGUAGAGAAAAGCCUUAAGCGGCUCAACACUGACUACAUUGAUUUACUUCAAAUUCACUGGCCAGAUCGCUAUGUCGCGUUGUUUGGUGAUUUUUUUUAUGAUUUCAACAAAUGGAGGGGCGGUGUACCAUUUGAGGAGCAACUUAAGGCCCUGCAAGAAGUUAUUGACGAAGGAAAGGUAAGAUAUAUUGGUGUCUCAAAUGAGACUUCUUAUGGGGUUAUGGAGUUUGUCCAUGCAGCAAAAGUUGGAGGCCUUCCAAAGAUUGUUAGCAUCCAGAACUGCUACAAUCUACUAACUCGUUGUCGGUUUGAAGCUGACCUUGUUGAAGUUUGUCAUCCAAACAACCAUAAUAUUGGUCUGCUUGCCUAUUCUCCUUUGGGUGGUGGAAAUCUCACCGGAAAAUAUUUGGAUCCUGGUUCUGAAGCUGCUAAGAAAGGCAGGCUGAAUCUAUUCCCCGGUUAUAUGGAAAGAUAUAUUAGCUCCUACGCAAAGGUAGUAACUGCUAAAUAUGUGGAGUUGGCCAACAAACAUGGUCUAUCUCCUGUGCAGCUAGCGCUCGCCUUUGUUAGAGAUCGUCCAUUCGUAACUAGUUCAAUCAUCGGUGCAACUUCAGUUGAUCAGCUUAAAGAAGACAUUGAUGCUUUUUUGACAGCAGAACGACCAUUGUCACAGGAGAUAUGGCAAGAUAUUGAAUACAUUUUCAAGAGAAACAAGGACCCAGCAAUUGACUAAGCAUUUUUUUUAGUUCUGAGGUAUGGUGGAACCGAAUUUUGGGACGAGCCUGGUGUAAAUCGAACCCACAACAUAGGUGUGGCCGUGUGGGCGAUGUCUCCCUUCCUGGAUUUCUGUUGAUUGGGCAUUUUUACAUUCAAUUGUAAUAUCGAAUUGUAGAUCAUCAAAAAUAACCAUUGAAGGUAAAAGAUUCCACUUUUUGCUGCACUAUGCAUCAUAUUUCGGAACUUUGAAUGAGCACUAUGGAAUUGGAGGCUUUGAGUA